CGCUUUCAGGUGAAUCAGAGGAAUGUGACUGGGCCCAGUUGUCCAGUACGGCGUUGUUCCGACUCCGGAAAGUUGACCUGCUCUAAAAUGACGACGGGGCCUUGGCAGGCCGGAGAAGGCAGACAGUGGCGAAGAGGGGCAGAGCUACUGUUUGGCCUGCCUGGCCAGGUCCAGGGACUGCGACGGUUCCACACUAGACUUGAAGGAAGUGAAAAAAAAUGUUCAGCAAAAGAUCCACAGCAAACGCCGGAUUCCAGUCUCCGAUGGCAUCCUGCUUUCUGGGCGACGGUUGUCGGCAUGGCGGAACUCAAGCGGAACCACCCUUCUGGCGGUAUGGAAGAAUGA